GUUACAUUUGAGCAAUAUGGCUACAAACGUGAGUAGAAACAGUAUGGUCGCUUUUGUGUGUUUGUGAGCUCCAGCAGAGCCUCUAUAGUCCGGAUAAUCCUGUCUGAACGGACUUUGUGCUGUUCAUCUUUUUCUGAAUGUUUACCUGUCACUCAUCUCCCGGGAGCCACGGAGCCUUUGAAGUUAGCUUAGCACGCUAGUAGCUUAGCAUCGGUGCAAACAAAGCGCUAGACGCAAAGAGAGUUUGCGUGUAGAAAAGGUUUCUGUGAUAGUGUGAAAAUGUCUAAAGUCCGGAUGCUGAGAGCGUUGGUGAAGCAGCGACUAACCGCGGCUGCUGAAGAGAUAUUUGGGCUGUUUGAAGCAACGAUAGCAGAGUACGAGGAGGAACUCUGUCGUUCAAAAGAGGAGAACGAGAGACAACGGGAGCGAAUGGACGCUGUUUUCAUCGCAACAGGACAGCGGCUGUAUUCGGAUCUUUACGUGGCUCCCUCUAAGGAGGUGAAGGCGGUUGCAGGAGGCGGAGGUGAUGGAGGAGCCCGGCUGCGGAGCUGCAGCGACGGCAGCAGAUACAGCAGGAGACUCAACAACUCGGGCAGAACAAGUGUUGUUUGGCAGUACUUCAAGUCAAAAGAAGGCGAUUCAAGUCGAGCUACAUGUUCAAUUUGCAAUGCCGAUUUUUCUCGCGGUGGCAAGGACCCUAAACAACACACCACAUCGCCGCUGUUAAGACAUUUGCGUAUAAAACAUCCAAAAGAAUACGAGUUGUUCAUGAAGGACUCUACAGACACCAGCCAAAAUGCAGCAACUUCAGUGCUUCCUGCAGACGUCGAGCGGGUGUUGGUGGAUAAACAAGAGGUUCCCCCUGAGCAGCAGGAGUGGAGCUCCAGUGUGGACCAGGAGGACACAAAGCACCCCCCACACAUUAAAGAGGAACAGGAGGAACUGUGGAGCAGUCAGGAGGGAGAGCAGCUUCAAGGGCUGGGGGAGGCUGAUAUCAAGGUCCUGUUCACUCCUGUCCCUGUGAAGAGUGAAGAAGAUGAUGGAGAGGAAGCUCAGUCCUCACAGCUUCAUCAAAGACAAACUGAACACAUGGAAACAGAAGCUGAUGGAGAGGACUGUGGAGGAGCAGAACCAGACAGGAACGCACAUCCAGACUAUAUUUUACAACCGGCUGCUCACGACCAGGCUUUGCACUCUAAACAUGAGGCUGCUGAUAAAAGUGGAGAUUGGGACGAGACCGAGGAACGUCAGCCAGGUUUAAACCCUCUGCAAAAUGGGGACGUUGCUGUCAGGGAUUCCAGAUGCAGUGCUGCUAAGAAAAAAUUUAGCUGCUCUGAGUGUGGGAAAAGAUUUAGCAAAAAGAAACAUCUGGAGGAUCACAUUAGAAUCCACACAGGAGAGAAACCAUUCAGUUGCUCAGUCUGUAAGAGUUCUUUCAAACAGAGUGGAGGUUUACAUGCACACAUGAAAAUCCACACAGGAGAGAAAACAAUCAGUUGCUCAGUCUGCAAGAAAUGUUUUAAACGGAGGGAAAGUUUGAAGACACACAUGAUAAUCCACACAAGAGAAAAAAAAUUCAGCUGCUCAGUCUGUAAGAAAUGUUUUAAACGGAGGGAAAGUUUGACGGCACACGUGAGAAUCCACACAGGAGAAAAACCUUUGUUUUGUUGUUCACUUUGUGAUAAAGGAUAUAUGUGCAGGUCAAGUCUUAAGUCGCACAUGAUAACUCACACAGGAGAAACGCCAUUCAGUUGCUCAGUCUGUGAGAAAUCUUUUGCAUGGAGUGGACUUUUACAGAGACACAUGCAAAUCCACACAGAAGAUCCCCCUUUCAGCUGCUCGGAGUGUGGUAAAGGAUUUUUCUGCAAGUCAAAUAUGAAGAAACACAUGAGGACUCAUACAGGAGAAAAACCUUUUAGUUGUUCAGUCUGUAAGAAAUGUUUUACACAGAAUGGAAGUCUGAAGACCCACAUGAAAAUCCACACAAGAGAGAGAGAAAAACCUUUCGCUUGUUCAGUCUGUGAAAAGUUUUAUUCAAACAAGAGAUAUUUACGCACGCACAUGAGAAUUCACACAGGAGAGAAACCUUACAGCUGCUCGGAGUGUGAUGAAAGAUUCUCUUACAGGGAAGCCCUAGUUCGUCACAUGAGAACCCACACAGAGGAAACCCCUGCAGCUGAAGGAGGGGACUGUGGCGGACCAGAACCAGCCAGGAACUCAGAUCCAGAUGGACUCGAAGGACCAGAUACUGAGGACGAGACUGGAGACUCGUCCAGGGUUGCCACGACCAUGGAAAACCUAGCCUGGAUGCCAGCCGAACUUAGCCCCGCCCACAACAUUUGAGGUUGGGAAGUUCAGGUCUAGACGUGAUCCGUUGUGGAGCAACUAUGCUCUAACCAGAGCUGUUUGGACCAAUCAAAUUGUCAGGGCGGGCUUUAUACGACAAUGGACAAAUGAUCAACAGUAACGGAAUCAACCACGUCACCAAAGAGCGCUUGGAUUGAAUUCGUUUACAACAUGACACGGAAAAUACCGCCUCUGUAUUUGCUCUGUCGAAGCCUGCCUUUGACUUACAGCUUCUGUGACGUCUGUCUCCGUUGCUCUGAUUGGUUGUAGGUCUAUCCGUUGCUCUGAUAGGUUGUAG